CGGCAGGCUGCCACCACCACCACGGCGCCCAUUGCGAGUGCUGUCCACUCGUAGCAUCCACUCACCCACGCUCUCACUCCCCCUCUCGAUCAGCCAGUGUACUACAUAAGAGGAGGAUGCUCUGAGCUGAGCCGAAGCGUGUUUCAGAAUCAUCUGUACGAACUGAUCUGCCUGGCACGAUGAAUCAUCGGGCUUCACAUAUGCUGAGUGUAAGCUUCUUCUUCCUCUUGGUGGCGUACACGUGCGCCGCCGGAGGCGACAGGCGGCCGUACAUCGUGCAGAUGGACGUGUCGGCGAUGCCGGCGCCGUUCACGACGCACGAGGGCUGGUACACGUCGGUGCUGUCGUCGCUAGGCAAUAAGGAGGCGGCGCCGGAGCACCUGUACACGUACGCGCACGCCAUGAACGGCUUCAGCGCGGUGCUCACGCCGCGGCAGCUCUCGGCGAUCCAGAGGAUGUCGGCGCACGUGGCCGCGUUCCCGGAGACGUACGCGCGGCUCCACACCACGCGCACGCCAGAGUUCCUCGGGCUCAUCAACGGCGCAGGAGGAUCCGCCCCCGCGGGUGGCGUCUGGCCCGCGUCGAACUACGGCGACGACGUGAUCGUGGGGAUCGUGGACACGGGCGUGUGGCCCGAGAGCGAGAGCUUCAGAGAAACCGGCAUCACGAAGCCCGUGCCAGCCAGAUGGAAAGGCGCGUGCGAGCCGGGCAAGGCAUUCAAGGCCUCCAUGUGCAACCGCAAGCUCAUCGGCGCCCGGUCCUUCAGCAAGGGGCUCAAGCAGCGCGGGCUCGGCAUCGCGUCGGACGACUACGACUCCCCCCGGGACUACUACGGCCACGGCUCGCACACGUCGUCCACGGCUGCCGGGGCCAGCGUGAGCGGCGCGAGCUAUUUCGGGUACGCCAACGGCACGGCGACCGGGAUCGCGCCCAUGGCCAGGGUGGCCAUGUACAAGGCCGUGUUCUCGGGGGAUACCCUGGAGUCCGCGUCCAGCGACGUGCUUGCCGCCAUGGACCGGGCCAUCGCCGACGGCGUCGACGUCUUGUCGCUCUCGCUGGGCUUUCCCGAGACAUCCUACGACACCAACGUGAUCGCCAUCGGGGCCUUCGCCGCCAUGCAGAAGGGGAUAUUCGUGACGUGCUCGGCGGGCAACGAAGGCUCCGAUGGGUACACCGUCAUGAACGGCGCACCGUGGAUCACGACCGUCGGCGCGUCCACCAUCGACAGGGAAUUCACCGCGACCGUGACCCUGGGAAGCGGCGGCCGCGGCGGGAAAAGCAUCCGUGGCAAGUCGGUGUACCCGCAGGCCGCGGCGAUCACGGGCGCGAUUCUCUACUACGGCGGCCACGGCAACAGGAGCAAGCAGCGGUGCGAGUUCUCCAGCCUGAGCCGCAGGGAGGUGGGCGGGAAGUACGUCUUCUGCGCCGCGGGAGACAGCAUCCGGCAGCAGAUGGACGAGGUGCAGAGCAACGGCGGCCGCGGGCUCAUCGUGGCCACCAACAUGAAGGAGGUCCUGCAGCCGACCGAAUACCUCAUGCCGCUCGUGCUCGUCACGCUUUCGGACGGCGCCGCGAUCCAGAAGUACGCGGCGGCCACGAAGGCGCCCAAGGUGAGCGUCCGGUUCGUGUCGACGCAGCUGGGCGUGAAGCCGGCGCCGGCCGUGGCGUACUUCUCGGCCCGCGGGCCGAGCCAGCAGAGCCCGGGGGUGCUGAAGCCGGACAUCGUGGCGCCCGGCGUGGACAUCCUCGCGGCCUGGGUGCCCAACAAGGAGGUCAUGGAGAUCGGCAGGCAGAGGCUGUUCGCUAAGUACAUGCUCGUGUCCGGCACGUCCAUGUCGUCGCCGCACAUAGCCGGCGUCGUCGCCCUGCUGCGGUCCGCGCACCCGGACUGGAGCCCGGCGGCCAUCCGGUCGGCCAUGAUGACGACGGCCUACGUCAAGGACAACACCGGCGGCACCAUCGCCAGCUUGCCCAAGGGAUCGCCGGGGACGCCGCUCGACUACGGCAGCGGCCACGUCAGCCCCAACCAGGCCACGGACCCUGGCCUCGUGUACGACACCACGGCAGACGACUACGUCAGCUUCCUUUGCGGCCUCCGGUACAGCAGCCAGCAGAUAGCGGCCGUCACGGGCCGGCGGAAAGUCAGCUGCGCCGCCGCCGGUGCAAGCCUGGACCUGAACUACCCUUCGUUCAUGGUCAUCCUUAACAACACCAAUUCGGCCACCCGGACGUUCAAGAGGGUCCUGACCAAUGUCGCCAGCUCGCCCGCCAAGUACAGCGUGUCGGUGACGGCGCCGGCUGGGAUGAAGGUGACGGUGACGCCACCGACGCUGUCGUUUGGGGCCAAAGGCAGCAAGGAGGGGUUCAGUGUCACCGUGCAGGUCAGCCAGGUGAAGAGAGCGCAAGAUGACUACAACUACAUUGGAAAUCAUGGGUUCUUGAGCUGGAACGAGGUUGAUGGCAAGCAUUCGGUCAGGAGUCCGAUCGUCACAGCAUUUGCCCAAUGAUGAUAAGGAAAUUAAGUUACCAUAGCAGGACUGAAAAAUGAAGUCAUGACAAUAGGAAAACAAUAACACUAUAUAUAAUCCUGACCGAAAAAGGAAAUAAUACAUAGAUCGAAAAAGAAGACAGAAAACACAUCAGGAUAUUGUCAUAUUGAUGUUGCCAACUGCAUUUAUAGCCUCUCUAUAAAUUAUUAUUUCUUAACAUAUGCCAUUCUGUUUAUAAGAACUAAUAUAUUUCAAGAGUUUGAUUUGCUUCAAAAUGUGUCAAAGUCAAAAUGUAAUAGGGGUGUAAUUUAUGUGGGAGACUCAAAUGUCUGAUCCGUUCUCUAUCAGAAAAUUACGAUGUAUACCAAUGUACCAGCAUUGAUAGAAAGGUUAUUGGCGCAUAAGAAAAAUAAUGAA